UUCAAAUUUUUUUCAAAAUUUGUCUUCGUUUCUGAAAAAAAAAAACUUUUGAAGUGUGUCUCGGAAUAGUAAAAAUUAUGACUUUAUACUCCGAAUAUCAUUACGACGACGAUUGUGGUGUAGCGAAGUUUUAUAUGCGGCUCUCCGGUUGGGUCUUCAAUGCAUUUGCGCUUGCAGAGCUACCAAAGGGAUAUGUUGAGAAUGGUGACUUCGGACCGCGUGUCGCCAAAUAUGAUUGGUUUGAGUUGCUAGCGAAAUUUCCACUGCUGAUUGUAUUACUGGUCAUUGCGGUAUUAACGACGCUUUUUUGGCUUAUUUGGCUAUGCUGUACUGUCAGGGGUCUGCAAAAAUCUGCAAAGAAACGACAUCGUUGCUGCCUUUACUUCACCACGUUCCUGUUGUUGCUUUUAUUGCUGCCACUUGCAAUUGGCCUUUAUUUGACUUUUCGUACGAAUUUUUUACUACGAAGAAGCAAAGAUGAUUCUAAAAGUUUUGGGGAUACAGCCAGAUCAGCAUUAGUUGAUGAGGAUGCAAAUUUUAUGAAUCAGGCGGAAUAUAAAGCUAAUCCCACACAGCUCUCUAUAAAAAUCAACAAAGUGAUAACUGAGGAACUCGCUGAUUGGCUGCAAACAAUAGCCCAGACUGAGCAGAAAAGUUUUGAAAAACUCAAAUAUUUAAACAGUAACGGAGACUUUUAUUCAACUGCUCUGCAAUCAUUGAGAGAUUAUGCCUAUGAGUUGGUUAUACUCGGCAUAGAAAUGAAUGAUCUGCUUCGCACAGUUGGGCGAGAAGCCUUCGCAUUUCUACAAGCAAACGUCAAAAAUACGACCUUAAUAGAAAGCAAAAUGUUGAGAAGGGAGCACAUAAAUGUGUGGCAUUUAAAUUCAGUCUAUACGCAAUACUCACACUCAUAUGAAUACUUGGAGUAUCUAUUGAAGGCAUAUGAGAAUAUCUCACUGCUGCAAAAAUCUAUAGCGGAGAGUACACCGACCGCUGAUAUGAGUGAAAACGAUUUAUUUGUGACACCAACUUUACGUCAGCUUCCAAAGCCAUACAUGAACGACAGAUCAUCUACAGAACACCCACAAAUCCUUAAUCCCAUUCUGUACCUAGCGAUGACUAUGUUUUUUUUGACAGCUGCCCUUGCUUACAUUUUCCUAAUGGGACUCGGAUUCGGAAUUUGCCGUUACUAUGCGCGUGCGAAUUGUAUGCUCAAAAUCUUUCUUUUCCUCAACAUAUUGGCCAUACCUGUGCUAGCCUUUCUAACAGUCUUACAUUUCCUGCCCGCCAUGGUGUUGCAUACGGGAAUUUGUCACGAGAAUGAUCUUCGGGGAAGCUCUUAUCGGAUUCCUCAGUCUUGGCGCUGUGAUCCAGUUAACAAUAUCAAUGCCGACGAAGCUUACGACUAUGAAAUGGCGAAAAUCAAGCGCAUGCUACCAAAGAUCACGAUAAAUCACAAUAAUUAUUCCACAAAUAACCACCAAGUUGUGAUGGAAUUCCCGCAAGAGAAGUGGUACGAAAGUGACGUACAAGAUGUCAUAACCGAGGAAAACUAUACGAGCUACGCAGGUUACAUAAAAGAUAACAACAAAGAGAAUACAACUGGCGCGAACAUAUUUUCAUGCAAAAUAAAUUCCAUACUAAAGUCCGUCAGGACAGAUUUGUAUGAUAAAAUAUUUGCACCCAACGCUGCAGAACUGUACGAAGUGCUAACCAAGUUAAAGAAACGUACGCAGCCUAAGGGUUACGACAAUUUUACAAAACAUUUAACUGCACAAGCAGAGAUCGUUGCUCCGAAGGUCAUACAGAAGGGGGAACGCAGUAUUUUGGGAAAAUUAUCCGUUAAAAUUAUAGAUCUGCUGCCGCUCAUACAGAAAAUGCAGGCGGAGCUACAUAAUCUUAUAGCGGAUGUCAUGCAACUAAGUGAUCAUACCCGCUUCUUCUAUCGUAACACCACAGCAUUAUUGGAUUUGCAGUCCAUAAAUUUUAAUGAUUAUUCGGCGCUACUGUUCAACGAAUUUGAGGCAAAUGAGCAACAGAUUGUGAUGCUCCUGAACAUCAAUAACGCUUUAGUAAAAUUCUUGGAAUUAGUCCUCUUCGCUUCCACUCUGAACGACAUGCGUGAAAACCUAACAACUAAUAUGUACACUGAGUUCGAUAUGCUCGGCAAAGACCUGAAUGCAACCGUGACAAGGAAGACGCUCGAGUACGCCUCACUCGAUGAGAAAAAGUUCGCACAGCUCGCAAGUAUUCACCGUGGGACGGGCACAAACGCAGACUUCUUUUUGUCACCCAACUUGAGCCACCUGGAAGCGGUCUAUGGCAUAGUAGCUACUCUAAUACUCGCUUUACUCUUCGUAUACCUGGGAGAUUUUGUAAUUGGUGCGAGGAAUCGCACCAUCACCCGGUAUUUUUUGACGAGCAUCAUUAUCACUAUUUCGGUUAGCUUGUUACUCCUCUGCGUAUUUGCAAUAUGGCACUUUCUACAUGGCGUUGUCUAUUACAAUUACCACAGAGAGAUCAAUGAAAAUGAAGAUUUCUGCAAUGCAACACAAUUCCAUUACUGUAGCUUGCAUAAUCAAGUGCGUUCUAGCGGAUCGGCACAGGAUAAUCUAAGACUCUCACUCACUAGCUGUUCGAUAAACGAUUUAUGUAGCAGCAUAUAUGACUACAACAACAAGCGAGAAACACAAUUAUGGACUCAAGAGCUUAACCAGCAAUUGCCUUUCUUCGAACAGAUCUUCCGUUCUGGCGCCAUGUUUGAAGUUGCGCGGCAGGAGCUGAACUUGGAAAAUUGGUAUGAAUUAUACAACACGUUGCACAACUACAACUUAGCUGAGUCAAACUCGGAGCUCAGCAAUAAUCAACAGAAAAUGCUCGCUUGCAAUUUGCAUACGAUUAGAGAAUACAUUUUCGAGCAACUCUUCAAACGCAACAUUGUUGCAAGCAUAUUCAAGCUGACGCAGCAGUCUGGGACACUUCGCACCCAUUUACCGGGCAACAAUCUAACUCGUCUUAUUAAGCGAGUAUUACGUGAGGCGGAGGAGUUAUCCGAUUUCUGUCAUACGCUCGAGAAUCUGCUGCAAGAGAAGAUCGGAAAUAUAAGUGAGUUGCUGGCGCGAGAGCUGAUAAGCCAAGUGGCACCGCUGUUUGAGCAGUUUCCACGCUGUGAAGAUCUGCGUUUCGCCAGUUUAGGAGUAUCACGUGAAAUGUACGAGUGCAUCGAGUGCUCUCUGCAUAGUUUUCACAUCGGCGCCUUUGGCAUACUCAUCAUUCUCUUUAUCGUGCUACUCCUCUGCAUUUGCUUGGUCAUGCUCUAUGAGAAGCAAGCAGCGAUCGGUGUCAUUCGUAGCUCAAGUUUACUCGGAAUGCGUUUACGCGAAUAUGCCGCAUCUGACAACUCUCCCGGCUCAUGGGCAAAUCAAGUAGACUCUGGUGGCAGAAAAGUCUUUGUGAAACGUCCUACUCGCGUUAGAUUCAUAGAACCACCCAAAAUAAAGCGUCGACGUCGGCGGUGAGGAGAGGAAGAAAAUGAGCCCAAAAAGAGUUCCACUCGUCACGAAAGCAGAGGAAAAUAGCUUUAGCAGCUACUAUUAGGACUAUAAAAUGAAAAAUUUUCAUUAAUAAAAAAUCAACUUUGUUUACUGUUUUUUAGAUUUUAAUGUUAAUUAGAUUUUGGAAUAAAAUAAAGCGGGUAAUGUAAUGUAACUGG